GAACUAAAAAAUUAGUUUACAACAAUAUUUAUCUCGUAAAAUCGCAAGAUUUAUUUACAUAUAUUUAUCGACAAGUUUUAAUUUCGCUGAUACAUCAUGAUGGAUAUAGACAUGAAUGCUGAAUUGGACGGUGAUGAUGGAAGUGAAACCAGUCAACCAUCCUCAGAAAGAAGUUCGGCAAGUAGCACGUUUUGUACUUUGGAGAAAGAUUAUGCAAGGAUAACGAAUGAAAUGAGUUCUAAUAAAGCACUAGCUCCCUUUGAAGCUGAAUAUGCGAGACUCUAUGAAUCUUUGUAUAAAGCGCACAGAAAUGAAAAGGAACUAUCGGGACAAUGCACAAUGCUCAAGAAUGAAAUUGUAGACAAUACAUACAAAAUAUACGAGCUGAAAAGAUCAGUGGAGACCUACGAGGAUGAGAUAGCUCGAUUGAAAGAAGAAGUUACAAAAACGACAAAAUUGGCUGAUGCGGCCCACGCGCGUGAACAAAAUGCACAGGAGAUGAUCGAGAAUUUGCGUCUAAAUGUUACAAAACUGGGCCUGGAGAUAGAGCAAAAAAACAAACAACUAGCAGCUGAGAAGGAGUGA